GGUGUGUCCUGCAGGAGAAACCACCCCUCCCUCUUUCAAGCUUGCAAGGAGCCAGAGUGACUGGAUCCUGACUUGGACCUCCAGCUCCAGAAUGUUCCUUCUACUGACCAUACUCCAAGCCUUGGCUGUAGCCAUAGUCGAGAGCCAAGGAGAUCAUAAAAUUAUUGGUGGCUACAUAUGUGUCCAGAACUCCCAACCAUGGCAGGUUGCUCUGCAAGCAGGACCUGGGCGUCGCUUCCUGUGUGGAGGAGUCCUGCUGUCAGAUCAGUGGGUCAUCACUGCUGCUCAUUGUGCCCGCCCGAUUCUUUAUGUAGCCCUGGGCAAGCACAACAUAAGAAAGUGGGAAGCGACUCAGCAGGUGGUGCGUGUGGCUCGCCAGGUGCCACAUCCCCAGUACCAACGCCAGUCCCAUAACAAUGACCUCAUGCUACUGAAGCUGCAGAAGAGGGUGCGGCUGGGACGAGCUGUGAAGACCAUCUCUGUGGCCAGCUCCUGUGCCAGCCCAGGGACUCCCUGCCGAGUGUCGGGCUGGGGGACCAUAGCCAGUCCCGUUGCCAGAUACCCAACUGCUCUGCAGUGUGUGAAUGUCAACAUCAUGUCGGAGCAGGUAUGCCAUCGAGCCUACCCUGGAAUCAUAACAUCUGGCAUGGUCUGUGCCGGGGUCCCUGAAGGCGGGAAGGACUCCUGUCAGGGUGAUUCUGGGGGACCUCUGGUAUGUGGGGAACAGCUCCAAGGCCUUGUGUCCUGGGGAAUGGAACGCUGUGCUAUGCCUGGCUACCCAGGAGUCUACACCAACCUGUGCAAUUACCACAGCUGGAUCCAGAGGACAAUGCAAGGCAACUGAUCAUCCAUCACCAUCUGAUCAUCACCAGCUGUCUCUGUACUUUCAAGGCCUCUUCCAUCAGACAUUUGAGUCCUCCCCAAGACUCUAGAGUCCUCCUUAGGCCUCCUUCACACUUAAGACUCCAGCCCCUAGCCUCUUCCCUCAGACCCAGGCCCCCAGGCCCCAGGCUCCUCCCUCAGACCCAAGCCCUCAGACCCCAGCUUUCUCCCUCAGACCCAAUAUCCUUGCCCUUAUUCCAGACUCCACCUUCCUUCCCAGGGUCUUGGCCCUGGAAUCUCUCUCACAGCUUGUUGUCACAGUUUGAGACUCACUGAGCCCAGAGGCUGGAGUACAAAUACUCUGGAUCAAUAUCUUCAUCCAAAGAAGUCUGCUUCCAAAUCUGUCUCUAAAAUCCAAAUAAAUAAAAAUAAAAAUGGAGUCAUCCCACA